GUCAAGAGCUCCGCUUCGAAACCGCGACAAGCCGAGGGUUAAACAGCCGCCAAGUGUACAGCUACUAUACAGAUAGAUAUAUAUAAGGCCCGACCCCGCCAGCAUCCCAAUUUGCAGUAAUCCUCUUUGCUUUGCCAAUCCAAAAAACCAACGCCAAAAACCAAAUCAAGAUGGCCGCCCCAGCACCAGCACUCAAGGAUCUGCCCAAGGUGGCCGAGAACCUGAAGAGCCAGUUGGAGGGCUUCAACCAGGACAAACUGAAGAACGCCAGCACCCAGGAGAAGAUCAUUCUUCCCACCGCCGAAGAUGUGGCCACCGAGAAGACCCAACAGUCGAUCUUCGAGGGCAUCACCGCUUUCAAUCAGAACAACUUGAAGCACACGGAGACCAACGAGAAGAACCCGUUGCCCGAUAAGGAAGCCAUCGAGCAGGAGAAGGAGAAGAAUCAGUUCAUCGCCGUCAUCGAGAACUUUGAUGCGAAAAAGUUGAAGCACACCGAGACCCACGAGAAGAACGUGCUGCCCACCAAGGAGGUGAUCGAGGCCGAGAAGCAGGCUUAAAUCCGAUCCGAGAUCGUCUCUAAUUUUCGUCUCGCCGCAUCUCACUCUUUAUGAUACGUAUAAAAAGCUAUUCCCUCUCUCAUUUCUCCACUGCUACCGAGUAAUUCGAACCGCUGCGCAUGCGCGUGGUUGCAAGAAAGUAUUUUACCACUAUCAUUUUCCGAUUGUUUUCCUUUUUUUGCCUUAUAUUUUUUUUAAUAUGUAUACUUUUUUUUUGUAUUAACAAGCAAGCGAGCCAGUCUCAUUC